AGAAACGGUUCUGGGCUGGCAUCUCCUCCCAGAGCGAGCCUGUUCAGUUCUCCUCCAGUCCAGCAGAGGGCGCUACGCGAAGAGGCUCUCGGUCUCCUGGAGGAGAUGUUUCCCCGGUUCGGCGGUGGUUUGAUUAGGUGUUUCAAGCAGAUUCGGUUCCAACCUCUAACCCGUGUUCCUGCAGCUGACUUGGUCCCGGUGUUUAUCUGCUCUUCUUGGUCCACCCGCUGGUUCUCCAGAACCACAGCGAUGCCCCGGAAGCAGAAAGAGGUUAAAGGACAGGUGAAAGGACAGGUGAAGGCGGCUGUAGGUGGAACCACAGAGACACCGGAUUCUGGUCCGGUAACCCGUGACAAGACCGGAUCUGUAUCCAUCACAGUGCACGCAAAGCCAGGCUCCAAACACAGCAGCAUCACAGAUGUUUCCUCUCAGGCUGUAGGCGUCUCCAUUGCAGCGCCACCUACAGAUGGAGAAGCAAACACAGAGCUUGUCCGCUACCUUGCAGAAGUCCUGGAGCUGAAGAAGAGCCAAAUUUCACUGGACAAGGGUUCUAGAUCCAGAGACAAAGUCAUCAAGGUGGACUCCUCGUUGGAUCCAGAGGAGGUGCUAAAGAGGCUCCGGCAGGCAGCCAGCUGAUCGGCAAAGACUGGGUGGAAGAAGGUUCUUUGUUACCUUCUGAACAGUAAUGGAUCCGUGGGACUGGAACUUCUCCCACACUGAGAUCAGCAUCAUCUUUCCAUCCUUCGAUUUUCUAAAUAACAGAUUCUUCCGAGGAUGGAGCUGAAAAAACAUGAAGCGAGAAGAAAAAACAGCUUGAAAACAACUGUCAGGUCUCUGAAGUGGCAACAUGACGCUGGUUAGAGCUUUUCCACAGAGUCAUGUGGGAAAGGUUGUGUGUAAUCAUGGAAAAGAGGAGGAUUUCUAUCCUUAAAACAGAACCCAUUAUACAAUGUUCACAUUUUUCACAUUUCUGUACUUCCGUUUGGAUCUCAAAUGCUUCUAAAAACGCCCAGAUGGUUUUUUGGUAAUAAAUUCAUAUAUUUUGGUGUCUAGAAAAUGAGCCAUUUUCAAAAACGCUCCGAAUGUAAAGUCUCAAGUCAGCAGGCACCGACCUUCACCUAGUGACCCCAAUGAAGUCCAACUAGCAACCCCAGCAGAGCUCCCCCUGUCACCUAGCAACCAAGCUGAGCUCCAGUAUGAAAUAAGUCACUUUCAAAUAAAGAUUUAACUGAGCACUAGGUUCCUGACUUAUUUAUGUUGUAAGAUUUUAAGUUUUUUAAUCACUUGCGUGCUUCAAAACUUAAUUCUGAAUGUUAUUAGGGCAGACACAUUUUAGCUUUUACAAAUCCAAUCCAGUAGGUGGCGGUAAUGCACUGCUGGUACGCAACCAAAAACUCCUCAACCAGCAAAUUUUGCUUUUUUUUUACUUCUGUUUACAUUAUAAAAGGUAAGUUUUGUGGAAAAAAUAGACCCAUUUUAAUAUAUAAAUAAUG